UGUCGGGACUGAUCAACGGUCAACGUUUUGUGUCACAGCAGUGGCUAAGAAGAUCCACGUGGAAUGCUGCAUAUCUGCUCAGGGCGUACACACCUGAACACUUUCCUGAAUGUAUAUGACAGCAAUUACGGCCACUACUGGAUGCAUCUGACGCUAUGCGGCUCCGGUGCUGUCAGAUGAUCUGAUGUCAAGGCUGCAUUGCUUAGGUUCUUCCCGCCGAUUGCUCGCUGUGUUUCUCCCGCCGCUUUGCGUGUGCAGCAGACUCCUUCGCGCUUAGAUUUUGACGAAGGACGAGCUUUUUUUUGCAAAGGUGGCGUCCAUUUCCCGCCCAAUUUGGGUGCGUUUGGGCGCGCGAAUUGCCAGCAGAUCGUUGACGCAGUUUCGAGCGCUGGGACUGGUGAUUCUUGGCGCGCUCGGUGUUGGAUUUCCCGCCAACUCGUCCUCUACCGCGGUCGUGAGCGGGAGGGUUCAACUGAUGCCACCGAGCUUCGUCGUUGCGACGAACUCGAAGGGCGCGAACGUUACUCGAUUCAAAACGAACGCAGCCUGGGUUCCUCUUCGACCAUUGGGUCAGGUAUCGGUCAAGCGCGUAGCUUGUUUGCCAAGUCAACUGUUGGCCAGCAGCGUUGACCUCCACCAAUCACUUAUCAGGGAAGUGAGAGCAAAGGAAGCAGGGUCCUCCUGCGGGGAGUGGAAGGGGACAGGCGUGGUUUAGUGGCUGCGGGUGAGGUGGGCGAGCAGGGGGGUUUAACAGGAUUGUAAGCGGGACGGGGCGGCGGGGAGAGAGAGAGAGAGAGAGAGAGAGAGAGAGAGAGAGAGAGAGAGAGAGAGAGAGAGAGAGAGAGAGAGAGAGAGAGGGAGAUGGCGAAGGACAUGAGACAUGGUGCGUGCGUGUGCACGCAUGAGAGAGNGAGAGAGAGAGAGAGAGAGAGAGAGAGAGAGAGAGAGAGAGAGAGAGAGAGAGAGAGGGAGGGAGAUGGCGUUAGUGAGGACGUCGUCGUCGUGCAUGAUUGGGGGCCUGGCUAGUGAGGGGUUGCAUGGGGGUUGUAGUCUGGGGGUGGGGGCAGGGGGCUCCAGCGUGGGAUGCUGGGGAACCAACCACGUGUUGACACGUUGGGAACGGCGAGGACCUGCGGCGGCUUGUGACGAGUCCUUGAUUCACAUCGGAAGGGCGGGAAAUGUUCGGUGUGGGAAAAAGGCGGGAAAGAGCGGGAGCGCACGGGCGGCAGAGACGAUUGGUAGUUUCACUUCACGGCGACAUUUGGGACACGUGUCAAGCCUACGGGCGACGGCGGGGGCAGGCGCGUCUUGCUCAGCGUGUUCGUCAUCGUCGGUGGCCGCUUUUGACAAACGAGGGACAAGAGUAGGAGGUGGAGGAGGAGAAGGAAUUACGGCGGCGAAAAAUCAUGCUGGCGACGUGUUCACCCCGAAAGGCGGGAACAACAGGGGCCUACGGAAGGCGGGGCGUUCUAAUCGGUAUUGUCGGUGCGAGGCGGGCAGGGACGGCGGCUCGGGCGAUGCAGACCACGGAGAAGGGGAUGCAGGGAAGUCGUCGGGAUCGGGGACGACGAAAGAUGGCGGGAGAGAGGGAGGGAAUCUUCCCGCCGGAUUUAGUAGUACUAGUAGAGAGAGAGAAGAAUCGUCGUCACCAGAAUCAGGAUGGGAAGUACCGUCAUCGACGGUUGCGAAGAAAGGAGGGGGGGGCGUGGGGGGGGAGGGAGGUGAAGUCGUGGCUGGUGGGGGACCACCACCUUUGGAUGGUGUCAGCAAAAUGAGGGAGGGGAUUUGGGACAUGAUGAGCGUAACUUCAAAGCGCCUGCAACAACAAAUGGACGCGUUGAGGGGCAAAACUGCAAGUGUCGUAGAGGGAGGGGGCUGCGCGGGAAACGAGGAGGAAGAGGAAGGGCAGUCGGAAUGGGAAAGGUGGCAAAGUGUCUUUGGCGAGGUGGAGGAAAGAGAUACCCUUGUCAAGGCAUUGAAGAUGCAAAUGCAGUUGGCAGUGGAGAGAGAAGAUUACUCUGAAGCAGCCAAACUGAAGGAGGCUAUCAAAGGGUGCCAGGAAAACAAUGCGGUGGAUGACAUCAUGGAGGGGCUGAAGAGAGCCCUUGCAGAGGAGCGCUACAGUGAUGCUGCUAAGCUACGAGAUGAAGGUUUUGCUGGACUGGUGGGCUGGUGGGCGGGUAUUGCAGAAGGAACGAAUGACCCUUAUGGGCGAAUCAUCAAGAUCUCGCCAUCUCAAGGACGCUUUGUAGGUCGCAGCUAUACGCCGAGGCAGCUGGCAGCCGCUGCAGAGGGAACUCCAGUUCUUGAGAUAUAUGUGACCAAGGAUGGAGGCAAUCUAAGAAGCCAGGCUGUGUAUUUGCAGAGAGAGAGCGGGAUUUCUGUGGAGCAAAUUGGAGGAGAAGCUAUGGCAGAGUUUGACGAUGGUGCGGAAAUCGGUUUUGAACUGGAUAGGGUGGAGGAAGAUGAGGAAAGUGGGGGGGAUAUUGAAGGAAUAAGUAGAGAAGAGAUGGACGGUGAGGAUGAGGAAAGCAAAGGAAAAAGUCCUGUGAAGUGGGAUGCAGAUACGAAAAAAGAACUCUCACGGAUUCUUAACUAUCUGAAAAAGCGCCUUCCUGAUAUAAAGGUGAAGAUGUUUCAUGUCGUGAAUCCCGGAGGGUCGGAUUCAGACCUUCCUAAGAUCAUAGAGAAGCUGAUGGGUAACGGAAACGGUGCAGAUGAUGAAGGAGGGCCAGACAUGGCGGACAUAGCAAGCAAGCUGGAGGAGUUGGAGACCGAGAAUGAAGGUGGCUUGAUUGAUGGCAAACAUGAGGAGGACACAGGAGAGGAGGAAGGAUUCUUAAGAGAAACCGAGGAGGCCGAUGAGAAGAAAGGAUCUCCUAUCCGGUUGGUGGUUGGUGCUCUGCAUUCGACAGGCAAUGACUCGAUGAGAAGUGCUCCUCAGAGGGUUGAAGCGAAGAUUGAAAAGCUGGGGAGGGAUAGUUUCGCAUUCAGACUGGUGAAUGAUGCAACAUCUUCCUCUGGCUCAGAAUCUUCGAUGUGGACUUCAGGUCCUGAGGGAUGGAAAGUAGCAGCCCUGGCAGCACAAGCUUCAGCUGACAUUAUGCCUGAUGAUGUGGCAAGGGUGAUGUUCAACAUGGAUAAAGCUGCAGUGAAGGUGUCGAAAGAACAGGUUGCUAGAGAGAUUGGUGACAUGUUCAAGCUGGCCCUUGCCGGUAGCAGGAGAAAGGGUCUUGCCAAGAGCACACUCUUCCAGAGGAUGAACGUUGCCGAUGCAAAUAGAGAUCCUUUAAGUGGGAUUUAUAUCGGUGCAUUUGGACCUCAUGGACCAGAGGUCGUACAGUUGCGCCGGUGUUAUGGGCGGUGGCCAGAGGAGCCAUUUCACAACUGGGCUGUCCUCCGUGGGGUCUCCGACUCUGGCCCUCCUGCAGAUGAGUCCGAUGGCCCCUAUGAGUAUGUGGAAGCGGUGAAGCUCACAGGGGACCUUAAUGUUCCUGCUGGACAGGUGACGUUCAGAGCAAGGAUAGGCAAGGACAAACGCUUGCCGCACAGAGGGAUCUACCCAGAAGAGCUUGGUGUGGUUGCAAGAUAUAAAGGGCAGGGACGGCUGGCGGAACCAGGUUUCAAGAAUCCUCGAUGGGUUGAUGGCGAAUUGGUUCAGCUAAAUGGGAAGGGAGGACCUGUAACUUCAGACGCCGAGCUGGGGUUUGUGUUCUCUGUACCGGGUGAGCGCCAUAUCUUGGUGCUGUUCAACCGCCUGAAGUUGGAGGAAUGACAUAGGACAUAGAUGCAAGAAAGAGUCCAUACCUUCCAGAAAACUCCGUGCUGCGGCCGAAGGACCUGUGAACCGUCUGAACUCCCACUGCAGCCUGCAAGCUGCCAGUAUCCGAGGUUCAGCGUAAGGAGCAGACUAGCCUGGAAGACAGGCCAGCCAUCUUCAAGUCCAUUUCUCCAGUUCCUCAUGCUACUUCCUUCGCACCAGGAGAGGUGGUUUUCCAUAGAAUGGGAGGCAGCAUGUUGUUGUCGAGCAGGUGCCAAUAGCAGGCGCCAAUUUUCACUCAGGAGGGUGGGAGAAAGAAAGGCCCGCUUGUGAAGGGGGGAAGGGACAGGCUAAAUAAGCUUUGCAAGUUCUAGAUGCGGAGGAGGGGGGGGGGGGGGGGGGGGGGGGGGGGAGGGAGAGGGAGGGAGAGAGAGAGAGAGAGAGAGAGAGAUGGUAUGGGUUGUGCACCUUCUGGGUGUUGCUGGCAGACUGGAUUUGAUGAGAUGAUUAUUCCCCAAGACUAGUGGGGUUCUGUAAAGAAUGUUCGGAAAACAGCAGAGAACAGGAGCUUCCCGAGGGAGCAGGCUGUGUGCACACCAUGUGUUUGAGCCAAGGCAGACACCGUCCAAUGGGAUGCGAGUCCAAGACUGUGACCCUUCCCUCUGGGAAGUGAUUUUGCCAGUUCCUGUCCUGCACUGUAUAUCAUUUAACAAUAUAGGCCCUGCCACCCAGGUAUGUAUUAGCUAGCUAUGCGUUGCGGACCUCCCACCUGUCCCCCCACCAGGCUCCUCCCUUUCCACCCUCCCUUCUUGCGUCUGAUGACUGUUUCCUGUAUAACUUCAUGGGUUGGCUAACUGUCACAAUGGCCACCCACGGUUGUUGCCGAGCUCCACUUCAUUCACAAGUCUGGGAUGUGAGGGCAUUUCCAAGGACAUCAAAUUUGGCUCGGUGGGUCUCCGAUUGAACAACAUGAAAUUCAAAGAAGCCCGCCAUCCAACCCGACAUAGUGGCGAGACGCCGAGACCCAAUGUUGUGAUUAACUCUGGCGGGGAGAAUGUAUCCGGGAGCCAACAGACCAACGGCGUUACGAUCCGGAAGCUGCAGCGUGGUUGUUUGGUUCUCCUUCUGCCCUGUAAGAGUUGAACUGACGAGAAUCUAUUUGGGGAGAGCGAUCUGCGGUUGUUGCUUAUAGCGCUGUCAAGUGCAAUUUCUCCACAUUGGCAUCCAUCGGUCGAGUUGCUGCUGCCCUUUUUUCACCACAAUAACUCGCAGGCCCUCCCGAGGUCAUCAGCUCAUAUACAUAUAUAAUAUAUACGUAUUCGUGGACUGACGUAUGAAUGCGCUGGGCGUUGGCCGCGCAAAGGGCAUCUGGGGGUUGUCACCGUCCAGCUUAGCUGCCCCAUGGCAGCGAUCCUCUGUGAUUUGUGUGAAGGGCUGUGCUUAUCAGGCAGAAUUUGCCCCUGAUGACCCUUCAGCGUUGCUGUGGGGUGCGACGAGCUGGCAAGCGGCUUCUCCUCUGCCUACUGGACUUUGCAGAUGAAGUUGGAAGAUACACUUGUCAAAGGUAUGCGCUCGAAACCGCCGCCCAUGUCUCAAAAUACGGACGUUGACUCAUUGUUGGGUUGACGGCAAACAACGAACUUGGACGAGUAGAUUAGGAAUCGAGUGCUCAUGUUUGCAACUUUGCAGUCUGCUCCAGCUGCAGCAGAGGGAAGCUAAGCUUGUGACUGUCCGUCGGUCGUUGUUUGAUUUCGCCCCCCUUAGAUGAAACAAGUAGAUUGAAUGAUCAUAGCAGCUAAUCGACAUGUCUCUGACAUUGUGAAAGAUGAUGAUAGGCUUGGAGCUUGCGCAUUUGCAUUUGCUAAUGCAAAUUGAGAAAAAGGGGACAAUGACAGUGAAUGACCUAUUGAGUCUUGACGUAAUUGCUGCGGGGUAAGGAUGAGCAGCGUACAAUCGAUGAUGGCGGUGACUUCCGUCACAAGUCCUGUAUAGUUGUAUUGUUUUCAAGUA